GAAAUUCAAUCAAAUGUCAAAGUAUCGUUCGAAUGGCGCGGUUUGAUUGAGGGCGAAUUUUUUUGUAUUAUUUUAGAGAUUUUCGUAAAAUAUAUUUUCUUAUUGUAUAUGUGAACGGAAAUAAAGCAAUAAAAUGGCAUUGAAUAACAAAACUUUACAUCUUAUAGCGUCCAAGCUUGGACUAGGGGACGAGGAAAAAGUUUUAAACAAAGCAGCUGAGUAUGAGCGUCUACUACAAACAAAGAGUAUGGCUGGCAGCAAUAUGACUGACACCAGUAAAGUGGUGAUAUGCUUAGACUUGGCUGCGGCUAUGUUGGGAGCUGAUUUAGAUGUUAAAACGGCAAUCAAAUACUCAGGCCUAAAGCCCUUAGCCUACAACAACACUAAGAAAGUGGUGCAGAAUCUUCUAGAACUGAACAGUGAUAAGCUGACGACCACCAUGCUGUGUCUGACGCUGCAGUGUUCUGGCAUUCAGGACCUGGCUGAUAGAAUACUUGAGGAGUACCAGAGACAGUCUAAGAUGGAAGUUGAUCUGAAUCUUCCUCAGUAUGUUUGCAUGGCUGUAUAUCAAGCUUGCAGAGUGAACAAGGUGAAAGUACCAAAGAGUAAAGUAAUAGAGAAAUCAAGACUGAAGCCUGCACAGUGGGCCAAACUCGAUGCAGACUGGACAAAAUUCAUUGACCUCAACUUUGCUACUGCUAAGAAGAAACGGGGACGACCAGCUAAGGCUGUGACUGAAAAUGUUGAACUUGAAGAAAAUAUGGAUGUCGACGUACCGAAAGUUGACGAGCCUCUAAAAGAAGUAUUAGAGCCUUAUGAAGACUGGAAGAAACGGAUGUUAGAAACCGCAUAUAAGGAACUUAAGGAUUUGGAAAAAAUAGAAGCCCGAAAAAGUGUGACGCCUAGGAAAUCGCCUAGAAAGGCUCCUCAGAAAUUUUCGCCAUACAAAAGUCCUACUAAAACGAACGGAGUAAGAUUGCUAUUUCCUAUAGAUUUGUAAUUCGGAUUAUUUAUUUCUUUUUAUUUUAGUUUCUGAUAACAAUUAUGUAUGUAUGUAAUUUUAUUUUAAUUUUGUAAUGACAUUUCAGUUUUGUAUUAUUAGUAUUAGAU